UAACAUGGCGGCGGAAACAAAUAUUUCCCGCUACGUUAGUUGAACUUUGGCUUAGUUUAUCUAUGUCAGGUGGUAAGAGCUGCUUAUUGUGCACCAAAGGAAAGGUUAACAACCACCUAUUCAUUGGAACCGAUUUAAGGGUCCGAUAUUGUGAUUGCUUUUUCGGUUUAGCUAAAAAUGAAACGGUAGUUAGGGAAGCUCAUCUCAACAACAUCAACAACGUGUUCCAGCAUGAACUGACUGUCCGUUCAUCUGAUGCAACGGACGAAAACUGUUUGUGGAUUUUACUCUCUAACAUCAGUUGAUAACUCGGCAUUGACGAUUUUCUCCAAACUUUUAAGCAUUCGCCUGUGUGGGAGAAAUGUGCUUUCCAUUUCGAUUGACAGUUUAAUGAACAGCUUUUGCGUGUAAUUUUGGGAGAUCCAACGGCAAACAUGACUCGUGGAAUCACUGGCCUAGUGCCCGCACGCUUCUUGACAAUAAUUGCUCACUUAGUUAUUGUCAUUAUGAUAUUUUGGUCAAGGGAUGAAAACAUAAAGAUGUGUUUGCCAGAAAGUUACACAUCAGAACAGUACAGACUGAAAGAUACGCAGUUAAUUGUGGGGUUGUCAGUAUCACUUGGGUUCUUUGCCCUGGAGUUAAUUGGCUUUUUGGGCGGAAUCACAAUGUUCAUGCCUUUCCAGAGCCUACUCUCGACCUGCGUGCACUGCGGAGCGGCUGUCGCGCUCUCCUACUACCUAUUUGAUGCUUGGCCGUGUGACUCCUACUGGUAUAUCUUUGGAUUUUGUAACGCCUUCCCAGCCUUCACAGAGAUUAUCACCAUGGUGGGCGUGUUGUGGUUGAAGAAAGGAUUAUAAGAUUGUAUACACAUCUACUCAGAAAAGUGAACUGUUGUAAAACAUGUAAAAUUGAAAGUUGGUUUGAAAUUUUAAACCAGCUUUUGUUUAAGCCAUCGCAAGUACAUGGCUGCUAUCAGGAGAAAAAAGUCAUCAUUCUGCACUUUUCUGUCAGAUCAAGGUUCACAUAAAAUAGAUGCACAUAGUACGGCCUAAAAGGUGUCUGGGGACAUAAGGAACAUGACACAGGAUGGCUGUAGGUAUAUCAGUUUAGUUUUGCAGGUAGUGCUCAGCAUUUAUUAUAGCUACGUAGUCAUGUUGCAGGUGAUACCAUUGUCUUUGGCUUGAAGAUGUGUUUUAUCUUCAACAUUGUCAUAUGCACAAAGAUUUACCAGAACCAGCUACAGUCAGAACUUUUGGUCAUAAAUAUUAUACUGUGGUCUGUGGCUAAUACAUUGUAGCAUUUAUAUUAAUUGUACGUUCUCAGCUUUUUUGACUCUCAACAGACAUCUUUGAAAGCAUCUUCAUUAAUGCUGUAUUUGACCUAACAUUUCAGCACUAAAAGUAAUAGUUUAUUACCUAAUAUCUAAAGGUGCACUUUUUGUGGUCAAGUACAGUAGGCUUUUAUAGGCACUUUAAAACCGUGAAUGUGUGGCAGAGUUACAGAUUUGCAGUAUAGGGGUAUAAGUGCUUUAUUCAGUGUCAGCAAUGUGGUCAUCACAUUAAAAAAACUUGCAUGCUUUGCAUAAUAGUAGAGCCUACAUGCAUGCAUGCAUUAUGGAAAUGACUUAGACUUUUUGGUCUGUUUUGACUCGGUUGGUGUACAUGAACCCACCCUCAUGCUUGGUUUGCCUGUAACUGUUUCUUGUGAACUCUCCAUUAACCCAGUAGUAUUGUAGAAAUGAUUACACAAACAUGUACAUUUGUUUUGUGGGAGAGAACAUAAAUAUGAAAUUUGAAAUUUCACUGUCAUAUAAGAUAUGUUGUAAAUAUUAUUUGUAUAGAUUUUUAUAAUAAAAUAUUUAUA